AUGAAGAAUGUCGAGAAAUCCAGAUCGAGACCACCAACUUCCGCGUCUCGAGGACCUUCCAUUUCUCCAUGUCCAAUGUCGCGUUCUUCUCCAUUGCACCGACAGUUCCCCACACAGAAAAAUCGUCAAACACCUCAUGCGCGGAGCUCAACUGUGGCCAAUGAGGGUCCAAAUCUACCAGCGAUCGCCCCAAAAUUCAUCCUCAAGUACUCGCUGCGGCACCCGGUCUCAACUGAGCUUCGAGAUUCUCAGUGGGAAGGCGCCAGAGAGGUCGAGCAGAGCGUGUUUCGUCGACAAUGUGCUUGGGAAGGUGGCGGUGAUUGGGGGAGCAAUCAAACGGUUUUGGAGGUGCUGAGGGAGGCUCCUGAUCUAUGCAAUGCUGGAGUACCAAAUUCAUGA